AAAUAACCGAACAUGACAACAGAAACGGGCUCCGAGUCUGACUCCAAACAAGAUCAGGAGAAAGACCAACAAGAUUUAGCCCAGCAGAAAGCGACACAACCAGGUCAGCAACCUGGCGAAGAUCAUCAGAACGCACUAGAACAUUUCCCGGCAGCAGCGGCACAUAGUACACCACUGAAAAGUGAAAAGAACUCAGACAAAGACUGGGAUAAAGAAGCUGCUGCAAAACAGCUUGAAUAUCAACAGCUUGAAGACGACAAAGUCUCUCAAAAAUCGGUGUCCAGUAAACUUUCAAAGUCCCCUCUGAAAUCUGUGAAAAGACCCAAAAACAUGCAGGCUAAAGUCACCCUCCUGGAUGGCUCUGAAUACACUUGCGAAGUGGAGAAACGUUUUAAAGGCCAAAUCCUCUUUGAUAAAGUAUGUGAGCAUUUAAACCUGCUGGAAAAAGAUUAUUUUGGUUUAGUGUACAGCGACUCUGAAAAUCAAAAGAACUGGUUGGACCCUGCUAAAGAAAUUAAGAAACAAACACGGACUGUCUCUUGGCAGUUUUCCUUUAAUGUAAAAUUUUACCCACCUGACCCAUCCCAGCUUUCAGAAGACAUAACCAGGUAUUACCUCUGUUUGCAGCUACGAGAUGACAUUAUAUCAGGGCGUCUCCCUUGUUCCUUUGUUACGCUUGCUCUCCUGGGAUCCUACACUGUACAGUCAGAAUUAGGUGACUAUGACCCUGAUGAAUAUGGCAGCGACUAUGUCAGUGAAUUCCGUUUUGCGCCAAACCAAACAAAGGAACUAGAGGACAAAGUAGUCGAGCUGCACAAAAGUUAUAGAGGAAUGACUCCUGCUGAAGCUGAAAUGCACUUCCUGGAAAAUGCCAAAAAAUUGUCAAUGUAUGGCGUAGAUCUACAUCAUGCUAAGGACUCUGAAGGAGUGGAAAUAAUGUUGGGCGUUUGCGCCAGUGGCCUCUUGAUAUACCGUGAUCGGCUACGGAUAAACCGGUUUGCCUGGCCAAAGGUUCUGAAAAUUUCAUAUAAAAGAAAUAAUUUUUAUAUUAAGAUUCGCCCAGGUGAGUUUGAACAGUUUGAAAGCACCAUUGGGUUUAAGCUGCCAAAUCACCGGGCUGCAAAACGUUUAUGGAAAGUGUGUGUUGAACAUCAUACUUUCUUUAGGCUGAUGUCACCGGAAGCACCGCCUAAAAAGUUCCUCACCUUAGGGUCCAAGUUCCGAUACAGUGGGCGGACACAAGCUCAGACAAGAAGGGCAAGUGCACUUAUUGAUCGGCCUGCACCCUAUUUUGAACGCUCUACAAGUAAACGUUAUACAAUGUCCCGAAGCUUAGAUGGGGCAUCAGUGAAUGAAAACCAUGACAUGUACAUGAAGGAUUCUGUGUCUGCCACAGAGGUGGGCACUGGCCCAUACAUCACAGCAAAGGGUGUCUCUCAGACCAAUUUGAUCACAACGGUAACCCCAGAAAAAAAGGUGGAGGAAGAGAAAGAUGAGGAGGAAGAAAAGAAGAAAAUACAAAUUACCACUACCGUGACCACAAUUCGCCAUGAUACAAAGCCAUCUUGUUGUUCAACUGAGCCAUUUCAUUCCCCUCCUCUGUCAUGCUCUAGUUCCCCCUCAUCUUCAAGCCGUUUACGUAGAAGAUGUAAGGAGAACUCUCAUAAAUCAUGGGAUCCAGGGUCAGAUGUGCCUCAAGUGUCUAGUGAGCCUGAGUGGGACUCUGAACAAAAAGGGAAAUUAUACCCUGAUGAAGAUGAGAUGGGUAUAAGCUAUAAGCAACAAGCUGGCAAAGGGGGGACACUGUUUUCUUUCUCCUUGCAUCUUCCAGACUCAUUCCCUUCUCUGCUGGAUGAUGAUGGCUACCUUUCUUUCCCUAACGUUUCUGAAUCCACCUUCCUGCCUGAAAAUUUACAGCAUUAUCUUCCAAUCCAAUCCCCAUCUCUUGUCCCAUGCUUCCUCUUCAUCUUUUUCUUUCUGCUGUCAGCCUCUUUCUCUGUCCCAUACGCCCUCACGCUAUCUUUCCCUUUGGCUAUGUGCCUCUGCUACCUGGAGCCCAAGGCGGUCUCCUUGAGUGCCUCAAUUGACAAUGACCUGAGUGACAGUUCAGAUGAUGAGACUGACAGUGAACAGACGGAUACAGCAGCUGAUGGUGAAACAACUGCCACGGAGUCGGAUCAAGAAGAAGAUACAGAUGUAAAGACUCAGGAGUACGAUAAAAAUCAAGAGGAAUUUCUGAAACAUCAGACUAACAUCAGUGAGCUGAAGAGAACCUUCUUGGAAACAUCAACGGACCCUACAGUUGCUAGUGAGUGGGAGAAACGGCUCUCUACAUCUCCUGUGAGACUUGCUGCCAGACAAGAAGAAGCUCCUAUGAUUGAACCACUAGUGCCUGAAGAGACCAAAGAGGAAAGGGAAAAAGAAGAAAGACGUAUUUCUUUGGAAAGGACAAGCUACUCAAUGUUAGAGUCUCAGCCAGGGGACAUAGUGAAGAAACUUCGGGAAGCAAGAGCCACCAGCCCUGUGGCUACUUCUCAGCAAAUCAUUAUGCAGAAAACUAUCCCUUCAUCCCCAGAGGGCAAAGACGAUUGGGUUCUUAUAGACAAAGUACCCACUAAAAUAGUUGAUGGUGAAACAAAAACCAUGAUCACUUACAAAGUGACAACUGUGAGCAGUGACAAACCAGUUGAAACAUUUAAAUCCAGCACCUUUGGAACUCAGAGCCUGGAAGCUUUGAAAAUGGAAAUUAGCGCCCAAGAAGAAGAAAACAGGCAGAAAAUGUACACAUUAGGAAAAUCAUAUGACGCAGUAUCUGGAAAAAUUGUAACAAUGACGAGUAAAGGUAAAGAAGGGGAAAAGAUAUUACAGCCCUCAGCCUUAGAAGUCAGACAGAAGUUGGAAAAGGACAUUUCUCAAACCGUGAAAAUCAUUCCCAUCACUGUGGCAGGAAAGUAUGAAGUUGUUGAAACAUUUAGUGAAGAGAAAGGUAGGAAAACUCCUGAGGCACCAACCAUAAAGAGGAGAAUGUCAGAGUCACUGACCCCCAUUAAAGAGUCAGAUUCCCAGCUGGCUAGCCCAAUAGAAGAGGGGCUGAAAAAAGUCCAUGAUGCAGACACCUCUGUGAAGAUGGUAGAAACGAUGAUCACAGAUAAAAGAGCAGAAUAUCAAGAUUAUGAAGUCAGUAAGACAGAGGUUCCUGCAUGGAAGGAUAGGAAGCUCUCAGAAUGGCGAUAUACACGAGAACAACCUUUUACAAUUGCAACUGCUCACUAUGUCACCGAAUCGUCUGCAUCCAAAGUGGUGACCAAAAAGGCUUCUGGUGACAAACUCAUGGAUGGUUCUGAUAUCUACAGUUUAUUAGAGUCUUCAAGAAAGCCAUCUGAGUUUAUAGGAGAGGUUACAACUACUUCACAAAACUGGGCUCAGAAGACUGAAUCAAAAACAGAAUGGGAAACCAUUGGCACGGAAGUGGGACAAGAGGACACAGAGCAAAGAAUGAAAGAGAAGGUUGUGCAGGGGAUAAUCAGUUUGGAGGAGACGGGGAGUGUGCAUGCAAGCGGGGAUGCUGCUCAACUGAGUGCAGAGCAGUUGGAUGGUGCAGCUAAGGCAAAUGCAGUCAUUGCUUCUUGCUUGAAAGGGAGUGAGGAAGCUGAUAAAGAGGAAGAUGUGGCUGUUGAUGCUUCUGCUGCUAGUUAUGCUCAAGAGGAGCAGCAUGGCUCAGAUAUUCAUGACACACAGCUAUUGGAUGGCAAGCCUCAUGACGAGUCACCCCUGGUGAAAACCGAGAUCAUCACUUUUGGCACUAUCGCAGAUGGGGAGAAGCUGGAUAUUCCCACAAAAGAUGUACCCGUAAUACAUACAGAAACUAAAACCAUUACCUACGAGUCACCAGAGAUGGUGUCUCGCCCUGACACAGAUCCUGGUGUUUUAAUGAGCGCUCAGACAAUUACUUCAGAAACUCAUGGCACUACAACUACUACACACAUUACCAAAACUGUGAAAGGAGGCAUUUCAGAAACCAGAAUUGAAAAGCGUAUAGUGAUUACCGGAGAUGCUGACAUCGACCAUGAUCAGGCGCUGGCUCAGGCAAUAAAAGAGGCCAAAGAGCAGCACCCUGACAUGUCAGUGACCAAAGUAGUGGUACAUAAAGAGACAGAAAUCACACCUGAAGAAGGGGAGGAUUGACCACAGGAAUAAUGUAGCUUGAAAACAAGCUCAGACAUGUACACCGUUAGGAAUACGAGCACCUCUGAGGAGCGACAGACAGAACCUGGCUGACUUCUGUCUGGGGAAAAAUUACAGUUCUGAAGGAUUUAGCUUGACCAUUUAUAAAGACAUCGGCAGACAUAUCUUCCCAUUUAAAAGCAAUGCAGCUGAGCAUAAUUAAACCAGUAUUGCAUGAAGCAA